AUGGAAAGUGGACCAUUUCUUGGGUUCGAGGCCCACCCCCUACCCAAGCGCCGAUGGCCGUUCCUCAUGAAAUACACUCUAGUCGUUGUCACCGUUUUCGUCGUCAGUAACCUUUUUUUCUUAACAAUCCCGGGUUCUUGGUCGACAUACUCUGAUACUGUUCGGACGCAUACCUCAAGAUCAGCGCAAAAGAUUCUUGAACAUGACAACUUGCACGACGUGUACAACGAUACCCUCGGGUUUGGGAAGAUCUUUGUCGUCUCCCUUGCCGAACGGACAGACAAGCAGGAUGCGAUCAGCAUGCAGGCCCGUAUGACCAACAUCUCGUUUGACUUCAUCGAAGGUGCCGUCGGCUCCCAGGUUUCUCAGAAAGCCCAGCCGCACACCAUGAACCGCACUGUUCCUGAAGUUGGCUGUUGGCGUUCGCAUCUGAAUGCCAUGCAGCAAAUGGUGCGGAAACGCGUAAGGUCAGCUCUCAUCUUCGAGGACGACGCCGACUGGGAUGUCGGCAUCAAACAUCAAAUGCUGCAAGUCGCGCGGGGGUCCCGCUGGCUUCUGGGCAACAGGAAGGAAGCGAUCCCACACUCACCUUACGGCGAUGGCUGGGACGUGCUCUGGAUCGGCCAUUGCUCCGCAGAGCCAUCGAAUUCUCGCAGAUGGGUCAUCCCUAAAGAUCCUACCGUGGUACCUCCCGGCAAUCGCAGCUACUGGUUCAAGCCCGACAUGGAGCGGUGGGAAUCUGCACCGGAGCAAGACACCCAGACUCGCCUUCUCUUCGACGUCGGACUGGGCUCGUGUAGCGCUGCCUGGGCCGUCUCUUUGGCCGGUGCGGAAAAGAUUCUCUAUGAGCUGAGUAUGAGCCCAUUCAACGACGCGAUCGACAUGGGCGUGGCUCAGAUGUGCUUCCAGAAGACGUGGAACAUGCGUUGCAUUGCGCCAUACCCGACAAUCGUGGGUGUAUCCAAGCCCGCUGGGAGCGUCGACCGGGGCAGUGAUAUCAGAGAGGACGAAAACAUGGACGGAACGGCCAUUCGACCGACCGCAGAAUCUGAAAGACUAGUCUUCUCUACUCGUCAGAACAUUCCAAGAUUUCUGGCCAAGGAAGGCACCUUUGAGAGUUUGUUUCCAGAUGUUACCGGUCAGUUCAUGUCCAUGGAAGAUAUCGGUAGCGCCGUCGGACACGGCGAAUUGACCGAAUUGAGGCCGCCAGCUUGA